AUGGCAGCCUACAAGGGAAACAACAUCUUCCCUAAAAACCCCUACUACAUUCCUGGCUAUGGGGGCUACGUUCCUCAGUUCCCCUUCAAAUUUGGGAACACCUAUGGCAGAAUCACCCACGAUGUGCUGACAGAUCCCACCAUCAGCAAAAGCCCUCGCUCCUUGCUGGCACCACUGGACAACCAGGCAAACCUCCAUAAGUUCCAUUACCACAUCGAUCAUCCAGGGUAUGUCACCUACCAGCCCAUCACAAACCCUCCUGAGAUCCCCCUGGGGCCACAGCCCGUCCCCAGGCCGCUGGAGGAGCCGAUGAUGACCCACAUGGACCCCAGGAACUCCCCAGAGCCGGGGGAGAGCAGGACCUGGCUGCCCCUGGAGCCUCAGCGAGGGCUGGCCCUGCACCCUGCAGCCCAGGAGAUGGAGAUGGAGGUGGCCAAGCCACCCCUGGCCAGUGUUCUGGGAAAAGGAACGUGCCAGUGCGACUGUGGAGGGAGCAAAACGCUUUUGCAGAGAAAUCCACCUUAUACGCUGGGCACAAGAUUCCCCCGGACGCACUGGCCAGACACCAAAAUUUACAGCCGUGCUGGACUCAUACCUGACUACAUGGGCUUUGUACCAUACCUGCAGGAACUCUGUGGGCUCACUUACGGGAACGGCACGCGGGAAUCGUACCGGUGUGAACAGAGGAGACGGGGACGUGCACUGUGA